AUGAACAACUCGGCACAGGAAGACGCAUUUCAAAUAUCAUGUCACAGUUUUGGAACUAGACAUUUUGUAAUAACGAAACUUAUGUCCGACAAAUUGUUAAUCAAUCGUAUUUUCGCAAUUGUUUUAAACAGCAUUUUGAUAACUCCUACGAUACUACUCAACGCUAUCGCAAUAAUAACGAUUUUAAAAUCUUCUCAACUGAAGAGCAAGCCUUGUUAUUUUAUCAUUCUUGUUCAAUCCGUGAUCGACUUGGUAGUUGGCGUUUUGGGCAUACCUCUAUUUCUUGCCUUCCUUAUUCAAGGUAUCACAGGCACCUCAAAUUGCGUUGGAGCAUUACUGGCGAUACAUUUCCCAGUCCUGCCAAUUGGAGUAUCUACUAUUACAUUAUUUGCUAUGACAGUGGAACGAUACAUUGCCAUCUUACAUCCCUAUGCUUAUAAAACUGUGGUGACAAAGAAGAGAAUUUUGGUGUAUGUCGGUUGCGGUGCUGUGGUCACAUUUUUUGUGAUCGUUCUUUCUUUUCGCAUCCAGUCUGCGAUUACGAUAUUUGGGACGUUGUUGGUAACUCUUGUAUUUUUGUUUACUGCGUUUGCUUGCACAAGAAUAUACUUGGUCGUUAGAAAGUUGAAUGGUUCACAGAACCAACUAUCAAAUGUAGAAGAAGAGAAUUUGACAAGAAAGAAACUUUUUCGGCGAGAAAUCAAACAAGCAAAAUCCUGUUUCAUGGUUGUGACGUGCUUCUUCAUUUUAUCAUUCCUGCCGCCAAUGGUGUUUAUCUCGUAUAAAAACACUGACGAAAGGGAGUUUGGAGCCAAGGACGUCUGGUUGUGCACGAUAUCCAUGUUUAACUCUAGUGCCAACUCAGUGAUCUUCUUUUGGACUAGGACGAUGUUGAGAAAGGAAGCAAAAAAGAGAUUACACUUUAUUUGCGCGCGUUAACCCCCCUCCCCCCGCUUAUGUUAUGUUAUAAAUGAUACGAACGAUAUCCGGACGAGUUAUCCAUAGUAGCGAGGAAAUCUACAGUAUAUGAAAUGCCAUUUCAUGAACUUUGAGGAAAAUAUUUUAAUGAAUUGUGAUGGCAGUGAUACUGUUAUAACGAGUAAUUUUGUGAUUGCUUCCGACUUUAUCGUUUUGUUGGAAACAAUUAUUGUCGAUUUCAUAUUAUUUUUCAAAGCGCGGUUCCCAAGUUUGUUGUCAACUUGCCAAUUACGUUUCCAAAUUUCAGCAAGUUCAUUUCAAAGUUCGAACUUCGAUUGUAAACAAAUGUAAAAAUUUCAUUUAUAAAUUUAUUUAAAAAGGCAUGUUUCGUCUUGGGAGACCAAUGGACCAAAAUUUUACUGCAGUAAUAUGCAUGUGCAUAUAGGGCCUUAUAGAGUAGUUUCAACUCCAACUAUAAACAUUUGUUUACAAUCAAACUUGCGAACUUCAUUGCGAAGUUCACACCCAACUUCCGAACUUGACAACGUAAUUGGCAAGUUCGCAACGAACUUGGGAACAGCGUGUUGAAAAGUUACCUGAAAUCGCCAAUAACAUAUAAUGAAAUGUAUCGAUUUUUUGGGAGGGAUGCAGAGGAAAGCUAUUAAGAUUAGAUUACAUGAACGCAGGAGAGCAGUUUUGUAAUGAACUGAUCAACUUUAAAGAUAAAACGUCUGGAACACAAAGCCAGGCACAUAAUUUGUGGCGAUAUACAUGGAGUAUUUGCAUACAAAUAUUUCAAAGAUAGUCGGUAGUUCGUCGUACGCCCAUGUAUGCAGCUAAUUCAAAAAAGGUUGUCCUUUGCAAACCUUAAACUCUGAACCUUAAUUUAGAAGUCAAGUCCGUAUGUAAACAAACGGUUUGUUUGCAUUUUGAACUGCUGUAUUUUUUUUUAAAAUACGAUGUACUGUCUGAAUAUCUAAGGGGCCGAUAACAUGGAGAACUUUCAACUCCGGGGUUGAACUCAGCCCUGUUAACCGGGUUGAAAUGUUUUGCGAUUAAAUGGACGAUUUCAACCCCGGGGUUGAAACGCUUCCCGGAGGUAAAAAAGCCUUUAUUUUGUUUUCUUGUAAUAAACUAGUCACUACCACGUAUGCUCGAAUAACUCGUGAUAAUUUCAGCCCUAGGUUGAAACGAUUACAUGACAAAAUUUUCAACCCAGGGCUGAGUUCAACCCUGGGGUUGAAAUUUCAACCCUGCUAGCUGAAGCAGGGUUGUCAUUAAUAGGUUGACAUGUAAUCGCGCGUUUGAUUUUGAUAGAGGUUUGUAUUACAGACAGGGCUGAAAUUUCAACCCGGUAAACAGGGCUGAGUUCAACCCCGAGGUUGAAAAUGCUCCAUGUAAUCGGCCCCUAACACUAUUUUGGUUCGCUAUGCUUCUAAAAGAAUAUGAAAUAGAGUUUAUGUUCAGAAAAAUUCCAAACGCUCGAAAUUUGGGCAAUGUUUACAUCAGAGGGCAAUGUUUACAUCAAUGUUUACCUCACAUUGUUAUGAGCAGAACCGAUGCGCAGAACCGAUGCGCAGAACCGACUUCCACUUUAAACUCUAAGCGCGCAAAGCUUAAUGGGAGCACAAGUUUCAAGCUUGUAUUUGAAUAUUGCAGGUAUUUGAGAAUGAACUGUUCUCGUAAGGAGAUAUUUACCAUGUCUCUAAAAAAUGGGUCCCAUAUGUGAUUUCUAAACUUAUUAAAUGAUGCUCCAAUUAUGCAUUGCACGCUUAGAGUUUAAGGUUUAAAGGUGAUCUACAGUCUGUAUGUAAACAAAGCCUUUGUUUACAUUUUUGUGUCCAAAAUAUUGAGCUUUAUUCGACAACUAUUUAUAUUUUCAAGCUUCUAGAGUAUGAUAAAUGAUCAAGAAACAACAAUUAGGCUUUUCAAGAACUCAAAACAUAGUUAAACUGUUUGUAUCAUAAAAAGUGGGCUCAUUUGUGCACAUGCGCAGAUCGGACUGUAGAUCACCUUUAAGGUUUAGAGUUUAAGGUUUGCAAAGGACGACCUUUUUGAAUUAGCUGUAUACAGGGUGUCUCAAAGGAGAAAAGAAACCUUAAAACCCGGCGCACACUAGUGCAAGUUACCAAUUACGUGCGAUAAAAAUCCUAGUGUGCGGGGAAAAUAUUCAGGAUUUUUGUCACUCGUGUCGUGAACAAGAAAUAUAUUUUCUGUCAUUCGUGACAAGAAUCCCUAGUGUGCGUCAAACAGCUCAUCGCAACUCUUCGCAGCAAAUAAGUGCGCAUUUGUGGUAUUCACCAAAACAACAUGCGCACUUCUUUGCUGCGAAAAAUUGGGAUGAGCUUUUUGCCGCACACUAGGAAUUUUUGUCACGAAUGACAGAAAAUAUCAAACCUGUUUGAUAUUUGUUGUUCACGACACGAGUGACAAGAAUCCUGAAUAUUUCCCCGCACACUAGGAUUUUUGUCGCACGUAAUAGAUGAUUCCCCUUAUUACGUUUUCGUAGCGCUUUGCAUUGUGGUUAUAGUGGUAUCACUGAUAAAGAUAACGGCCUCGAAUGAAAAUAUUGAAUGUUUUCGCGAAUAUUUUGCUGUUGGCUAGCGUGCACCUGACCCUAGCUUUUUUAAAAGUUCUUACACGGGUCAGGACAAAAAUAAGCCAUCUUGAAUAUCAGUGAUACCACUAUAACCACAAUGCAAGUGUGCGUGAGACCUUUAGAAAUUAAAAUAUCCUUGUUAAGCACAAGGAUAUUCUGCUCUGGGAAUUUAAAAUAGUUUCUGAGAGCAGUAACGGAGAAUAACUACACAAAAAAGAGUCAAAUUACAAAUUAGUCAUACUAUCAGUUCCAGUAAAAAUGGUUCAACUGACGACAGAGCAACGAGAGUUUUUACUGUUUUACGCGCUGUGUUAAAUUAAUCAGCACAUAAUCAUAUGUUGAACGAAACCAAAAACGUUUAAAUUACGUUCCAUGAUUCAAUUAGCCUUUCCCACGCCGCCAUUUUUGGGUGGCAUUUCAGCCGAAGUGCCACCCAGAGCGAGAUAAGUCCACAUAACAGCGACUUUUUAUAAUUUUUUUGACAAAUGAUGGUAAAUUUGCUUUGUAAAUGGUUACUUAAUUCUGAAAGAUUGCUUUUCACAUUGUUUUAAUUGUCUGAAAUGGUUAACGAGAAUUGGAUGCCACUCAAAAAUGGCGGAUAUUCGUCAUCGUGAGAAAGGCUAAUUGUGUUUACGCACCCAUGGGUUUAGUAUACAUUCAAAUUACAACAAUAAGGUGAAUUUCUAAAGUCUCUUUUUUUUAGACAUGCACCCUGACAUUGUAAAAAUAUAUUAAUUAAGAAUAAAAUAAAUACAAAUUUCUGUUGGGUUCUCAUUUAUUCACGUUUGUACAGAUGCAUUUCUAUAAUUAUUAAUUCUAUCAAUAAAACGGUGUAUUCAAUGAGCUCUCGUUACUUUUUAUUCUUAACAGUUACAGAUGCCUGUUCAGUUGAGCAAAUUAUCAUUCGGUUAUCUUAAUGAAAUAACCUUUUAAGUCAAUUCGGCUUUAGAAUACCAAACCAAUGGUUAUUCAACAUUGGCCAUUUUUAAUAUACAUGCAGGGUGUAUAAAAAUGGUAAUAUACUCUUGUGCGCUCAUUAUUGAUUGCACAGAUUUAAUCUUUAUUAAUAAAGAGUAAGGUUUGAGCUUUUGAAUGACACUUUUUUGUGUUAUUCCGAGCAUUUUCCUUUAUACCGAUACAAAAAGGUAUUAUUGGACAGCUAAAUGCCUGAAUUUUGUUGCUGUGUAAAAAUUUUAUCGACAUUAGUGGCCCUAUUCACAUUAGAGACGGACAAGUCGUCUAGACGAACAAAUCGUCCCUCAAAAAUGGUCUUCACAGACGGAAAAGUAGUCGAACAAAUUCAGAGGACUUGUUCGUCUAAAAUUUUGUCCGACACGUUUUCACAUCUGAUGAUUUGUCCCACUAAAAGACGAUUUUAAGACGAUUUGUUCGUCUAGAUGACUUGUCCGUCUUCUAAUGCGACAACGGCUAAAAAAUAUCUAACGCAUACGCGAACAUUCUAAUGAUUGUACCAUUUUUAGCGUUUACAAUACGAUCAAGAAGCUGAAAUCAAAUCUCUGGAAGAAGAAGUUCAACAGAUGCGUGCGAAACAUUCCGAAACCAUUCAGAAACUCAAAGCACAGUUCUUACACGAAAAGAAGCAGUUUCAAGAUCAAUCUGACACCAGGAUCCAAGCCAUGGCAAAACAAGCUAAUCAGGCGAGUAAUACACCCAUAGUGUAG